AUGUCGCCCGUUAUCGCUGGCAGUACUUUCAUUCGCCCCUACCUCAACUUGGGCUACGGCAACGACCGCCCUGAUGGCGUCAACUCGCUUCCAGAGUUGAUCGAGUUCAAUAGCAGGCACAACCCAGAUCACAUAUUCGGUCUCCAGAGUCGUGCUGGCGAAGGGGUGCCCCCUGUCGAAAUUACCUUUGAGCAGCUGCAAUUCUCCGUCGAGAGUGCGUGCGCAUGGAUGGUAAACGGUGUCAAGGCUACAACUGGCCGGACACGUAGGGAACAGGCCGUCCCGCCCGUUGCCAUCUUGCUAGGAAGCGAUAUCGGUAUCUACAUCUACAUGGCGGCACUUCUGAGGAUUGGAACACCAGUUCUUUGCUUGUCUGCGCGACUCACCCCGGUUGCUAUCGCGCACCUGCUCAAGGCAACAAAACCCACAUGCAUGUUCAUCAACGCCCAAGUCACUCGUGCUGCAAAGGAGACUCUGACUAUCCUGCAAGACGAUCCCGAGGUCGACACUAUCCCCCUGUUCGCCGAUGCACUCAGCUACGAAGAGCUUCUUGACCCCGAGAAUUCCGCGCACAAGGGACUGCCGGUCCCACCUGUCUACACCGAGUUCAAGUACGAGGACCGGGAUGCGGUUAUCCUACACUCUUCCGGCACCACCGGCUUGCCCAAGCCUAUUUUCCACGCCCAGGCCUAUCUACUGAUAUAUGGCGCCUGUCAUCGCCUGCCUGAGCAAAAGCAAGCCUUCAGGUUCAACGUCUCGACUCUUCCGCUCUACCAUGGAUUCGGUCUGUUGGCCCCUUCGUUAUCGCUGUCGAUUGGGAUGCCCUUCGUGCUUCCGCCCGCUUCUGUUAUUCCUACAGCCAGAUUAACUAUCGCUGCUAUCCAAUCAGUUGGCGCUCGGUCGCUUCUAUCUGUACCAUCUAUCAUCGAAGAUAUCACUAGGUUCCCCGGCGGCUUAGACAUAUUGAAGACCCUGGACUUCAUCGCGAUCGGGGGUGCGCCGAUGAAAGAACAUGUUGGAAGUGAACUCGUGGCACAAGGAGUUAACUUGCUUAACCAUUGGGGUGUGACCGAAAUAGGUGCAAUUGCACCGGUGGAGCGAAUUCCGCCUGGCUAUGACUGGCACUACCUUCGCCCGAGAACAGACAUGGGCCUGAAGUUUGUCAAAGUGGAGGAUGCAAAUGGCCUCACGUACCGGUUGAUUGGCCAAGCUCCUGGAUGGCCAGAGCCUUACGUCGUUCAGGACUAUCUAGUCGCGAACCCCAAUGACAACAAACAAUACAAGAUUCUAGGUCGCGCGGACGAUCUCAUUGUCCUUGCUACUGGCGAGAAAGUUCGUCCAGCGAACAUGGAGCGUGCGAUAUCUGAGCACCCAGAUGUCAAGGAGGUCCUCGCGUUUGGCGACGGCCAGUUGUCCCUCGGCCUCCUUGUCGAGCUCGCAGCCGGGAAGGCACCGGCCGACCUCAGCGUCCCAGAGAACCACGAGGCUCUCCUAGCCUCAAUCGAUCCUUACCUCGAGCGAGGAAACUCUUUCACGGACAAACACGGCAAAAUUACGAGGGAGAUGAUCGUGUUUACUCGUUCGGAAACGAAGCCAUUGGUAAGAACGGACAAAGGUAGUCUCGCCAGGAAGACGAACUAUGCCGCAUUCGACACCGAGAUCAAGAAUGCUUACGAUCGUGCCGACGCCCUCAAGGCCGUCCCGUUCCCCCUCCCUAGCCAAGGCGGCGCUUUGCUCAAUGCAGUCCGUGAGCUGGUCGAGAAUAUCACUGGAAGCGACGAAUACGGUAGCCCAGAAGCGGACAAUGCAGAUUUCUUCGAAGUUGGUAUGGACAGCCUGCAAGCCAAUCGCCUCCGCCGAUCCAUCCUCACUGGUUUACGUGUCACGAAGGGACUCGCUAAGCCCGUUGAAGAUAUCGAAGCGGAUUUCUGUUUCCAGAACUCCACGAUCAUCAAACUAUACGAUGCUAUAGUCGCAGUCAUGGAAGGCACGUAUGGCGAGGAAGGCGGCGAUAAGGAAAGCAAGCGACUUGCGGCGAUGGCAGAAGCUGUCGAGGAAUUCCGCAGUGAGCUAAUUUCCUACCAGCCGAUCGCCACGGAAGCUAGAAAGUUGCGCGCGCAAAAUACUUCUGUGGAGGCAGGAUCAGUCGUCCUGUUAACCGGGUCUACGGGUAGCUUGGGGUGUAUGCUUGUCGCACGUUUGGCUAGCGACCCCACAGUGACGAAGCUCAUCUGCUUCAACCGCCCACAGCCAAAUAGCAAGGUCAACCUUCGUCAACGGCAAUUAGAUGCGAUGGAGAAACGUGGCGCGAUUAUAGACUCCAAAUACUUGGAAAAGGUUGAGUUCUAUGAGGCAGACACCAGUCGCGUUGACUUCGGACUUGUCCCCGAAGUUUACGAAUCACUUUCCAACGUUACCCACAUCUUCCAUAAUGCCUGGCCCGUCAACUUCAACCGCAACCUGUCUUCAUUCGCUCCUCACGUCAGGGCUCUCUGCAAUUUCGUCCGCCUUGGUUUGAUCAGCUCUGGGAAGCGUGGUGCAGGCGCACAACCUACUAGGGUUAUGUUCGCCUCAUCCAUCGCCGUCGUCGGGAAGUUCCCCCUCCUUAACCCCAAAGGGCCUCUGGAGAUCCCUGAAGUUCCUCUUGACGCUAUCAACACCGCGGAGUUCGGCUAUCCUGAGGCUAAAUGGGUAGGCGAAAGGGUACUGAUGGCUGCGGACGAAAUUUAUGGAACAGGCUCUGGCGACGAGCCGCUCGUGCGUACCUCGAACGUCCGUAUUGGCCAAAUGACGGGCGCGGAAGGUACGGGCGCGUGGAACGAGAGUGAACACUUCCCGAUAAUAGUGAGGACGGCUCAGACUUUGAAGGCUCUUCCUAUCCUACAUGGGUCCUUGUCAUGGAUGCCAGUGAACCGCGCCGCCAACGCGAUAACCGACUUCCUCUUCUGCGAACGCUUCAGACCUUUCUAUCACAUGGAGAACCCUUCACGUCAGUCGUGGGCCGGCCUGCUGGAUAACCUUGCCGCAGUCUUGGGUGGUAUUUCAACGCCACUAGCCUUGAUUCCCUUCCCCGAAUGGUUGGAUCGCGUUCGUGCACUUGGCGAAGAUCCCGAACGAAACGCAGCUUUCAAGGUCCUAAACUUCCUUGAACACGAUUUUGUUCGUAUGGCGUCAGGGCCAGUUAUCCUGAGGACAUCCACCGCUCGUGAGGAUUCUCCUACGAUGGUGAACAGCACAGCUGUGGACAAGAAACAUUUGGAGGAAUACGUUACUUAUUGGAAAAAGGUCAAGGCUCUGCGGUGA